GAUGACAGAUCUAUGUAAAAACUGUAAACAUAAAUAAUUGAGAUCUCGAAUGAUAGGUAAGAAAUUCUCAUCAAACAUUCUUAAUCAAAUCUAAUAGAUAAAAUCACCAAGAAAUAUUGAAACUCCAUAUAUCAAUGUUAUUGAAUAUUUAUAGAGUAUUCAUUAGAAAAAAGAAGAUAAACCUAAAGAGAUUAUUCUAUAUCACCGUCUUAAAACUCAUACUUCAAAAUAAAAAACAGAAGUAUAAGUAGAUGAUGCAGCUUAAACUACAUCUCGUUUGGAUUAAUUUCCAUUAACAUAAUACAUUCCUAGAGGUGCAGUUGCUAAUAAGAUUAUGAGUAGUGCAUUUUAUAAAAUGAAACGUAUGUGUUCAUAUUCAAGAGAGGAAUCUAAAAGAAAGAAAAUAGAGAUUGGUCCUAUGUUUAAUUAAGUUUCGAAAUAUGUAUAACCAAUGAGACCAGGCACAGUUAGAAGUGUUAAUUCGAAGAUAGAUGAAAGAUUGGGAUCAACAUUGAUAAGUGCAAGACAAGAAUUAUUGAGACAUAGCAAAUCAGAAAUGCAUUUAAGAUUGCCUGUUUCUAAUAAAUUAAGUGAAGUUUAAUCCUUAAUGAAGAGAGAAUGA